AUGGAACAGCGACGAGGUAUCUUUCAUAAGACAACACUUCAAUCGGCUACCUCAUUGCAUCAAACCACAUUUAACACAACUACCUUUGCUGGUAAUAAAAGAAGCCAUGUCGACGACGCUGGGUCUAACUCCGGACAGCAACCCCCUGUACCGAAAAGGGCUUAUCAGUUUCAAAAGGCCUCGGAUGUAAGAAACGAACAGCCUGGACUGGCUGCUAGCACCAUCGUAUCCGUUGAUCCGGAUGACACUGCAUGUACUUCUGAAUAUUCGCAACGUCGGGCUAUUUUAGCUACUCCUACAUCGACCAUCGAUCGCUCACUUUCGCUAGCAUUCCCACGAUACGGCCUACCUGAGUCGUUAAUAAAUAACUUAGCAGGACUCGGUAUCAAGGAAAUUUACCCUUGGCAGAAACAAUGUCUUUUAGGUCCAGGACUCCUAAAUGGGGCGAGGAAUUUAGUUUAUACAGCUCCAACCGGGGGCGGUAAAUCCCUGGUCGCUGACAUCUUAAUGCUGAAAAGGGUUCUCGAAAAUAAGAGCGCCAAAGCUCUCCUAGUGCUUCCAUAUGUCGCUUUGGUUCAAGAAAAGGUUCGUUGGUUACGAAAUGUUGUCCAAGACAUUAAGCGGCAGUCUGAUAAAAAAGAUGCUAAAAAAGAAGAAACUUCCCUUUGGCAAAAACGCCCUGACGAAGAUAAUGUAAGAGUUGUCGGCUUCUUCGGCGCUGGCAAGGUUAGAGCGACAUGGUCGGACUUCGACAUCGGCGUUUGCACUUUCGAGAAGGCAAGUACACUCAUAAAUACUGCCAUUGACGACUGCACCAUCACCAAUCUUAGAGCUGUUGUGCUAGAUGAGCUUCACAUGCUGGAUGAUGACCAUCGUGGUUACCUCAUGGAACUCAUCGCCACAAAACUACUUAGCCUUGGACACGAAGUCCAAAUCAUUGGCAUGAGCGCCACCUUGCAAAAUAUUGACCUCCUAUCACGGUGGUUAGACGCGCACAUCUAUAGUACAUUCUAUCGCCCGGUACCCAUUGAAGAGUACCUAGUCCAUGAGGGGAAUAUUUACCAAGCUUCGUCAACUACUGGACUCCUUAAGACUGCCACCCAACUCGCCACAAACUUUGGUACAGGCCAACAACAGAAUUCCCCAGUGAGGACGGUUCAACCCAGCCUACAUAAGGAAUUCAAGGAUCCUGUAUUAAACGCCGUUGUCGCGUUAGCUGUAGAGACAGAAAGAUCUGGUUAUGGCGUUCUCAUUUUCUGUAGUAGUCGUCGUCGCGCUCUACGUGAUGCUAAUCCUCUCGAUCCUACCGUCAUAGAAAAAAGACUUGAUCUUUUAGCGGAUUUGCGUAGUCUUAGCACGGGACUUGACCCAUGCUUGGCAGAGACGAUCACUUCUGGAGUUGCCUUUCACCAUGCUGGUUUAACAACAGAAGAGCGUGAUUUAAUUGCUAGCGCUUACGACGGCGGUGUAUUGAAGGUCCUGGUAGCGACAUGCAGUCUUGCCGCUGGCAUCAAUCUUCCGGCGCGGAGAGUCGUACUUCAUAAUGCACGAAUGGGCCGAGACCUAGUUGGACCCUCUAUGCUUCGCCAAAUGCGCGGUCGGGCAGGGAGGAAAGGAAAGGAUGAGAUCGGCGAGACUUACUUGUGUUGCCGAAAAGACGACCUCGAAAGCGUUAUUGAGCUUAUGCACGCUGAACUACCCCAGAUUUCGAGCAGCCUUACGACGGAUAGGCAUCGCAUACAGCGUGCCCUGUUAGAAGUAAUCGCUAUCAGAUUGGCGAACUCGAGGGACACCAUUGAUGACUACGUUCAGAAGACCUUGCUGAAUUUUUCUAUGGCACCUGAUACUAUAGCGACCCAUGUUGAAUCUAAUCUUCAAGAUUUGACCGAGAUGGGGUUUAUCCAUUCGGACGAUUCCAACCCAUACGCUGCGACACAGCUCGGCAAGGCUGUUGUGGCUUCGUCGCUUGAACCAGAAGAUGGUGCAUUUAUUCAUCGCGAAAUGCAGCGUGCACUACGUGCUUUUGUGAUGGAUGGAGAGAUGCAUAUCCUGUACACAUUUACUCCGGUAUACGAUUCGUCUGUUACCAUCAACUGGCAAACUUUUAGGUCCGAGAUGGAAGGUCUCGAUGAUAGCGGGCUUCGCGUCAUGACUUUCCUCGGCCUAAAACCAACGCAAAUAAAUAAGAUGGCCCAAGGUGGAAAACUGAAAGAAACAACGGCCGAAGAAAAAAAGAUGGCUCGUAUCUAUCGCAGGUUCUACCUGGCUCUCCAACUGAGGGACCUGUGUAAUGAGAUGCCUAUCCACGUGGUCUCUCAAAAGUACGAUAUGCCACGGGGCGCGGUACAAAACCUUGCGCAGACAUGCCAAGGAUUCGCUGCUGGAAUGAUCAAGUUCUGCGAGCAGAUGAGUUGGGGGGGCAUGGCGGCUCUCCUCGAUCAUUUUUCGGAUAGGCUAAACGCAGGAGCGAAGUCAGAUUUACUAGCGUUAGCGAAGGUUACCUUUAUCAAGAGCCGGACGGCUAGAGUUUUUUACGAAAACGGAUUCAAAACGGUCGCAGCUCUUGCGAAUGCGGAUCCAAAGGAACUCGUGCCGAUUCUCAUACAGGCACAACCGAGUAAAGUGAGGCUCAAAUCAAAAGAUGAGCAGAAAUACGAAGAAAAACUUCUAGCCAAAGCGAAAAUUAUUACGGACUCAGCAAACCGACUGUGGCAAAUCGAGAUGCAGCAGCAAAUUUAUGAAGAAUAG